AUGGAAUCACCAUUGUCCGACUCGUUCACCUUUCCCGGGAAUCGCUUAACCUCCUACCUUCAGACCUUGACUGAAACCAAGAAGGGCCUCCCCCAUGGCAUUCCUGUCUGUGUCUGUGCCUCUCACACUAUCACCACCACAAAUGCCCUGGUCCAGCUGGCAUCGUCCAUUGGUCCUCACGUUGCUAUUUUGAAGGUCUUUGCCGACAUUAUUGACGACUGGUCCGAUGACACGGUCCGUCAAUUGAUCGCAUUGGCCAAGCAGCACGCCUUCCUAGUCUGGGAAGGAGGUCGCAUUCUCAACUCGACUGUCGACGUUACUGGCACUUCGGAGUCGAAAGAAGUGAGAAAUGAAUUGGUGGAUUUGGUCCGGAGGAAAUACACCAAGGGCGUGGUUAAGACCGCUGCUUGGGCGGGGAUUGCGACCGCUUGGGCGUCUGGUGUUGGCGAGGACAACCAGGAAGCCGACAUUUUGAUUCCGGCCCUGAAAGCGGCCGCACGGGAAACUGUUGCCAAUACUACACAAACUAUCCGGACAGAAAUUACGGCUGAAAAUUCGCCGAAUGGCCGUCCGGGCCACGAUAACACGGAGGAUGACCCGCAGCAUCUCACCUCCGAUUACGUGGUCGUCGAUGACGAGAACCUGGGCUUACCACCACGGAAAGCCUCCACAAUCUCUCUUACUCAGACUAUCACACAACACACUGAAGACUCGACAGAAGACUUUACUUCGCUCAAGUCCGACAAGUCUGAUAUGGGAGACCACCUUUCUGUAAAUGGUGGGCAGAAGCGACCAUCCAUCACCCCAGAUGACGAUGCGAUUCCUCCCCCUCCACUCUUGGCGCGUGGCUUAGUGCUGUGCUUGCCUUCUGAAUAUACCGAUGCUUUUACUCCAGACUACAGAAGAAGUUGCAUAGCUGCUGCUCGGGCCAACCAAGAUUUCGUCAUUGGAUUUUUGUCGGCAGGGCAAUGGCAUCUUGUGUCUCAACAAGAGGACCUUCUGGAUAUGGACAUGCCUGAAUAUAACAACGACUUGAUUCAAGAACAGCAGCCGGUCAAUAACUGGGAUGAGGAUAAGCCCUAUCACCUUGCUGUGUUCUCGACCAUCUCCCACCGACUCAACCAAAUGCAUGGCAAGCACUUUGAGGAUUACAACAGCGAAGAUGGGGACAACGAGCCUUGGAGCCCUACUACGCCUGUUGUCAAUACCUCGUCUGCAGACGUGUUCAACCCGUUGUCAACGAAACUCGAAUCGAUCGUUGGACAAGCGUUGAAACUGCGAGAUGCUAUCCACGAUGACGACGAGUUGACAAAUGAGCAAACGAACGACACAAGGAAAUCACCCAGGGUUAUGCACAUUCCUAUUGUGUCAUUACCUUGA